AUGGCGUCUGAUGAUGGAGGAUCCACCAGCGAUGAUAGCGAUCGCGAAGUUGUGAUAAUGGAAAGACGAUUUGUGAAUUCCGUAAACACUGAGAGUUCUUCGAGCAAAGAUUCGUCUCUUUCCGUAACGCUUUUGGAUCCAGAUGUUCUCGAUUGUCCCAUUUGCUGCGAACCACUGAAGACUCCCAUCUUUCAGUGUGAUAAUGGUCAUCUAGCUUGUUCUGUGUGCUGUACCAAAGUGAGGAACAGAUGCCCUUCUUGCACGUUACCCAUCGGUUACAUUCGCUGUAGAGCUAUGGAGAAGGUUAUAGAAUCAUCUAGAGUCUCAUGUCCAAAUGCAAAAUACGGGUGUAAAGAAAUUAUGUUAUGUGGAAACCGAUUUAGCCAUGAGAAGUUGUGUGUUUACACCCCGUGUUCUUGCCCCAUUGGUAACUGCGACUACACUGGCUAUUACCAGGAUCUCAACAAGCACGUCCGUGUUAAACACAAAGACGACGUGAUUACAUUCUCGUCCGACAAUUCUGUAAGCAUUAGCUUGGACCCCGAUGAGAAGACCACAGUGCUCCAGGAAGAAGACUGUGGCGAAGUUAUCGUAGUUCAAGUUUUCAAGGGUUUGCACCUUGUGUAUGUUAGUGUGAGCUGUAUUCAACCUUCGUCAGUGAGAGUGGGAACGUUAUCAUGCCGUUUGGAAAACCGAACUAUCGAUAGCUCAUUGAGGCAGGGAUUCAUCGUGAAGAACAUUCAGAAAGUUGGCAAUGAACAGCCCGAAGAUGGUUUCAUGGCGAUUCCUUCCUACAUAUUGUCUGCUAGUUUACAAGUUUCGAUUGGUCGUAGCAGGUUCUUUCUUCUUCCCUGA